CUCCACCGGUUUCUGAGCAGAGUCUCGUUUAAUAACAGUGCUGGGGAAAAGGUUGCCUUCAAUCAAGAUGGGGAGUUACUAGCUGGAUUUGAUAUUAUAAACUGGGUCACAUUCCCAAACCAGUCCUUUAACUCUAUGGUUUUGAAGCUCCACCGGUUUCUGAGCAGAGUCUCGUUUAAUAACAGUGCUGGGGAAAAGGUUGCCUUCAAUCAAGAUGGGGAGUUACUAGCUGGAUUUGAUAUUAUAAACUGGGUCACAUUCCCAAACCAGUCCUUUCUAAGAGUGAAAGUUGGCAAUAUCGACCCCAAAGCUCCCUUAGACAAAGAGCUAACAAUCAAUGAAAUGGCCAUCAUAUGGCCCAGCAGGUUCAAUCAGUAUUAUCAUUUAGGAGACCUCGUCAUCGGUGGCAUCAUCUCUCAGAUCUACAUCACUUCUGAAGUUAUAACAUUUACAAGAUAUCCUCAUCAGGAAGAGGUUGAGGAACUCAUUUAUUUCAGUGCAAGGUAUACCUACCUUGCUGCAAUAGACCUUCUCUCUACAUGGAGCAAAUUAAUCCCUAACUACAAGUGUGGCAUCCAGAACACUCCAAUAGCAGUCAUUGGGGGACCAUCUUCUGACACUGAUCUCCAUAUGGCCACCAUCCUAAGCAACUACAAAUUUCCCCAGCUCACAUACGGUUCUCCUUCAGUGAUGAACAACAAAAGACAGUCUGUUUUCUUCCGAUGGAUGUUCCCAAAUAGGAACCAUCUUUAUAUGGGGAUUCUCCAGUUACUGCUGCAUUUCAAGUGGACAUGGAUUGGGGUGAUUUAUCUGCAUGUCCAGAGUGCAGAGGAGUUUGUACAGAGUGCACUUCCUAUCUUUUCCCAGAAAGGUAUCUGCUUUGACUUCACAGAGAGAUUCCCCAAAAUAGAUUUUUCAAAUAAUAUCAUUGAAGUGAUGGAGAAGGGGACGCACUUAUACAAUAAAGCCAUGAGAAGCACCGCCAAUGUGCUAGUGGUCCACGGUGAAAUCCAAAGCAUGAUGAUUUUGAGAAUGUUGCUACGUAUGUCAAAAUUUGAGAGCAGACCAGUGAAGGAAAAAAUCUGGAUUAUGACGGCUCAGAUGGAAUUCACAUCCCUUUCUUUUCAAAGAGACUGGGACUUAGACUUCAUCCAUGGUGCUGUAUCCUUUGCCGUCCACUCAGAGAAGAUGCUGGGAUUCCAGGAAUUCCUUCAGAGGAGAAACCCUCGACUGCAAAAAGAAGAUGGCUUUAUCAAGGACUUCUGGAAGGAUACAUUUAAGUGCUGGUUCCACGACUCUGAGGAAGAUACGAAGAUCUGUACUGGCGAGGAGAACCUGGAGACUCUUCCUGGGUCCCUCUUUGAAACCAGCAUGACAGGCCACAGCUACAGUGUUUACAAUGCCAUCUAUGCUGUGGCGCAUGCAGUGCAUGCCAUGCUAUCAUCCAAACUCAGACCAGCAAAAGUAGUGGAUGGAGGGACCUGGAAGCUAAAUCAGCCACCAUGGCAGCUCCACCAUUUUCUGAGAAGCAUCUCAUUUAACAACAGUGUUGGGGAAGAGAUUUCCUUUGAUCCAAAUGGGGAACUGGUAGCUGGAUUUGAUAUUAUCAACUGGGUCACAUUCCCAAACCAGUCCUUUCUUAGGGUCAAAGUUGGAAGGAUAGACCCAAAAGCUCCUCCUGAUAAAACACUCAACAUUUGUCAGGAUGUCAUCGUGUGGCCAAGCAAGUUUAAUCAGGCACUACCUCUUUCUACAUGUAACAGCAUUUGUCGUUCAGGUUAUAGUAGGAUGAAGAAAGAAGGGAAGCCAUUUUGCUGCUAUGAUUGCCUUCAGUGUCCAGAAGGGAAGAUUUCUAAUGAUGAAGAUAUGGAUGACUGUUUUCCAUGUCCAGAAGAUCAUUAUCCUAACAAUGACCACAAUUUAUGCAUUCCCAAAGUUAUAAGCUUCUUAUCUUAUGAAGACACAUUGGGAGCCAGUCUGGCUACUUCUGCCCUUUCUUUAUCACUCCUCACAGUUUGGGUCCUUGGGAUCUUCAUUAAAUACCAGGAGACUCCCAUUGUCAAAGCCAACAACCGGCACCUCACCUAUACUCUUCUCAUCUCCCUUCUACUAUCUUUCCUUUGUGUUUUACUAUUCAUUGGUCGACCUGAAAAGUUCAUGUGCCUCCUUCAACAAACAGCUUUUGGCAUAAUAUUCUCUCUAGCCGUGUCUUGUGUGUUGGCCAAAACCACCACUGUGGUUCUAGCUUUCAUGGCCACCAAACCAGGAUCAAGAACAAGGAAAUGGGUGGGGAAGAGACUGGCUAACUCCAUAGUUAUUUCCUGCUCCCUCAUUCAAGCCAUUAUUUGUACUUUGUGGCUGGCAACUUCUCCUCCAUUCCCCGAUUUUGACAUACACUCAAUAACUGAAGAAAUUGUACUACGAUGCAAUGAAGGGUCAGUUGCUAUGUUUUACUGUGCCUUGGGCUUUCUGGGCUUCUUGGCCCUUGUCAGCUUCACUGUGGCUUUCCUAGCCCGGAAAUUACCAGACAGUUUUAAUGAGGCCAAAUUCAUCACUUUCAGCAUGUUGGUCUUCUGCAGUGUUUGGUUCUCCUUUGUUCCAACCUACUUAAGCACCAAGGGGAAAUACACAGUGGCUGUGGAGGUUUUCUCCAUUUUGUCUUCCAGUGCUGGAUUACUGGGUUGCAUCUUUUUCCCGAAAUUAUACAUCAUGAUUCUGAAACCUGAGUUGAAUAAUAAGGAACAGUUACUAAGGAGGAAAAAAGGAGAAGAAAAAUAG